AUGGCAACCGUUUCAGCUCCCACCCCCAAGCUGGAUCGCUAUAUUGUCAUUCAUGUCGCGACCACCUGCGAUGAACAUGGCGUCUACGUCACCAAGGACUCGGCAGAGGUGAUCGAAUUGGGGUGGAUUUUGUUGGAUGCCAAAACCUGCGAGGAGUUGCACCGUGAAAGUGUGCUCGUCAAGCCCGUCAACACCCCCAUCACGCCGCUUUGCAGUACUUUCCGCGAUGCCAUCGCCCGUUUCGACGAAUUCGCCAAGGAACACCUUAUCAGCAAGAACUUGGAGUUUGCUUUCGUGACGUUGGAUUCGUGGGACCUUCGUGUACAACUCCCUCGUGAAGCCCGAGACAAGGCCGUCGUUCUUCCCGCAUAUCUCCAGCAUUCCCGGACCUUCGAUCUGCGAACCGACUCCCUUUCCAACAUCUGUGCCGCCCUCGAAGUCGAACCCGUUCAAACCUCUGCCCCCAUCAAACACAACCUCCCCUUCCAUCUGCAGGCGCUGGCUCCCGCAUCGCCACGACGGGCCAUGGAGGAAGCCAUUACGCUGGCCCGCGUCCUCCGCGGCUUGAUUCGCAAGUCUCAACCCCCGCAUGAGCACCCCGAGAUUUUGACCCGCCCCAUGGAUGCGAGAGCCGACGUUCGUGCCUUCCUGGCCGAGCGGAGCAAGGUGCUGCAUUUGAGCGGUCUGCCCCACGAUACGACCCAGUCCGAGCUCGAAAGCUGGUUUACACAGUUCGGCGGCCGUCCGAUCGCCUUCUGGACCCUUCGGACUCCGGAUCAGCACAAGCCUACCGGCACUGGCUUUGCGGUCUUCUCAUCUCACGAAGAGGCUGCAGAAAGUCUCUGCAUGAAUGGUCGUG